CUGGCUUUCUAGUUGUUGCAAGGAUUUAUCACUGUUUAGCUUGCUUUGCUCACCGCCUCUCCCUGCCUCUCAGCAAUCUGCUCUGGUCUGUCACUGCACACACUCUCUCUCAGUAUUAACUCACGCUAUUAACCUCUCAGUUCCAACACUUUCCUGAUUACAGUGCCGCUGUCUGUAACUUCAAUGGGUGCAGCACCCAGCUGUGGCUGAGGAGUGGAAACAGGACUACAAAUUAGCAGAAUUCCUCCAGGGGUUGGAUGUAUAACAUGAAGGCUCCACAGAAACAUGCAGGGCGUACGGAUCAGAUGCUUGGUGCUAUGGCUGACAUCCUAGGGUCCCUUGUACUUCCAAGCCAUCAAUGGAUCUCAGAGACUUGCUCAGAGGAUUCUUCUGCACCUGAACACAGCAGUAAUGAGGAGAAUAUGGAGGAGCCGGGCACCCCUGAUGUGGAAGAAGAACAAAACAAUGAGGAGCUGUCAGAUACAGCUGAGAGUCAGCCAUCGCCUGCUGAAAGCAAUUGCCCCAUCAUUGGCAGGACACGACGCCUGUCUGACUUUCGUUCAUGGUUUGCAGAACACAUUCGCCAUAUGUCAGAAUCAGAAGCAGAAUCCUACUCUAUCGCUGGCAGCGAUGGCAGCAUAUCAGCUUCUGUGGCUUCUAUCCAACCUCAGCCUUCAACUAGCUCUGCUCCAAGUUCGCCUGGAUCCAGGAGGUCUGUCAGUACACUAAAGAAAUGGCUGACAAACCCUGUGAGGAAAUUAAGCAGCGGCAGCCGCCUGGAUCAGCGGCAGAAGAAGAUUGAAAGCAGGCCAAAGCGGGGAGUGCCUGGCCGAAGAAGGAGUGCUGAUGAUGGGGGCAGGGGAAGCUUUGACCUUGGAGUCUUGAGGAAGAUGGAGGACUUCAACCACCCAGAAGACAAGAGUUUGGAAUGGAAAGAACAUGAUAAUCCUGACAAGCAUCAUUUGCCUGACCUAUCUUUUCUGUGUGACCUGCUUCAAGGGGCGACCACAGAACCCAACAAUAAGGAUCCGCACACGUCCUACCUCUCAGACUCCAGAGAGAGAGAGUCUAUAGCUUCUGAGAUAUCGGUUGCUUCCUCCUACUCCCCUGAAGAAACAGAAGAAGAAAGGAAGAGUGCCUUAGAAAAGAGUAUGUAUGUCUUAUUGGAACUGGUAGAAACAGAGAAGAUGUAUGUGGAAGACUUGGGCCAAAUAGUAGAGGGUUACAUGGGAACCAUGAGCACUCAAGGAAUUCCUGAGGACAUGAAGGGAAAGGACAAAAUUGUGUUUGGGAAUAUACACCAGAUAUUUGACUGGCACAAAGACUAUUUUCUAGGUGAGCUUCAAAAGUGCCUUGAGGAACCAAAUCGGUUAGCACAACUCUUCAUAAAGCAUGAGCGCAGGCUGCACAUGUAUGUGGUAUAUUGUCAGAACAAACCCAAGUCUGAGCACAUUGUGUCUGAGUACAUUGAUACCUACUUUGAGGAGCUGAGGCAACAGCUGUCACACCGCCUGCAACUCAAUGACCUACUUAUCAAACCCGUGCAGAGGAUCAUGAAGUACCAGCUGCUGCUAAAGGAUUUUCUCAAGUAUUACAGUAAAGCUGGACAAGACACGACAGAACUGGAGAAAGCUGUGGAAGUGAUGUGUUUUGUCCCUAAACGAUGCAAUGACAUGAUGAACCUUGGUCGGCUGCAGGGUUUUGAGGGAAAGCUCACAGCUCAGGGGAAGCUCCUGCAACAAGACACGUUCGCUGUGACAGAGCAGGACAGCGGUUUCCUGAUGAGGGGAAAGGAGCGCAGGGUCUUCCUCUUCGAGCAAAUCAUCAUCUUUAGUGAGCCCAUUGAUAAGAAGAAAGGUUUCUCACUGCCUGGGUACAUCUUCAAGAACAGCAUUAAGAUCAGCUGUCUGGGCAUAGAGGAAUCUGUGGAUAAUGACCCCUGUAAAUUUGCACUGACAUCACGAGGUACGGAUCGCAGCGUAGUACGUUACAUACUGCAAGCCUCUUUCCCCGAAAUCAGAUCGGCCUGGGUCCGAGACAUUAGUCAGAUACUGGAGAGCCAGCGCAACUUUCUUAAUGCACUUCAGUCACCUAUUGAGUACCAACGAAGAGAAAGUAAGUCCAAUAGUCUUGGCCGAUCCAGUAACAGCAGCAUGAUGGAGACGACCCGCGUGGGUCUCCGGCCUCAUUCUUCUGCCUCCAUGGAUAGAAAUAGAGUCCCCAACCUCAAGUCCUACAAUUCUUCCCUGCCAUCCCUUUAUUUGCCCAGCAACCCUCGAGAAAGUCGGUUUGGAAACAAGGUUCACCCUCCUCGAAAGAGUUCCCACUCAGAUGUCCUUCCCCCAGCAGUCCUUACCCCAGCACACAUCAACCUUGAUUUGAAUCAUUAUCCAGAGUCCUCCACAUCUUCUGCCUCCAAUGGAACCCCACAAAGUGACCCUACCAGCCGGAAAAUAAGCACCUUGUCAAGGGAGCUCCCGGGGUAUACUUCUCCCUCUGAUGAAGUGAGUAUACCUGCUCCUCGGCUGGCAAAGUUGGACGAGGAUGAACUGUGAACUUUGUCCCAGCAUACAGGGGUGCCUUGUAUAAGCAUUCCCUGGUUUUUCUGGAUGCAGCUGUAGUCGGAGAACAGUGAAGAGAAAACUUAUUCUCCUGUCUUUGGAACAGGGUAAACCAGUGAGAAGGGAACUCACCUAUUUGCCUUUUCCAUACCCAACACAGUCUGCAGUUUGAUGUCUGCUCUCUGAGGAAUAAAGUUUAUAGGAUGGCUUUCUUAUAUAUGUCCAACUAACUCCCAGAACUGCUUGGAUGACCCUUCAUUCUUUGUUCAUUCUGUGCUCAAAAUUCUGAAGACUCAUUCUAGACAUGACUCGAGAGAGAUACUGCAAGAACCAAACGGAAGACCGGUGUACUAUGCCACUUGGUGGUAAUGGGUGAAAAUAAAUUUAACAAAUGUAUGUUGCCAUAACUAAGGGAAGACAUGUUACCAUUUCACCCAUUACUGAAUUCAGCAGGGAGCAAGUUUCAAUUCUGUGCUACUUACUUGACAAUCAUAAAAACUGAGCUGAGUGCUAAAAAUGUGACUAUCAUAAGCCGAGGGCUCAUUGUGCAUUACCUGAGUGAGAGAUUCUAAUUGGAAUUCACUAAACAGUACUAAGAUAGAGUACUACGCAGGUGUGUAUUGUGCUCUCUAUGCCAGGAACAUUUGUCAGUAACCUCCUUAGAAAACUCUUUCAUAUCAGUGAAUCUACCUAGCCGUUCUAGUGCUCCUUUUUCCAUAAAGCUUGCAGUUCAGCAAGAGUAUAGAGGCAAUGUACCUGAUCAGCUCUGCGGAACAUUCACUUAUUUAACUGUUAAUGUACUAGCACAUACACACGUUGGGCCUAAGUCUGAGUUGCACACAAUGUUGAUAGUCGCGGAGCUGGACUUUUUUUUGCAACUACUCAAGCAGUUGUAAUCUCCUAUGGCGCGCAUGUAUUACACAGAGUGUACGCACAAAGAUGCUGGUGCAGAAAUGUGCUGGGUGGUGACUGGGAAAUGGAUAGAAGUGCACACAGAAAUUGUCCGUCUCAUGAGCGAGUAAUGGGGCUAUCACAGGUGUGUUAGUGUUCAGAUUCACAGCCAUACUAGGCCAGUCACAUGGACAAACUGCACCAGCCAUAGGGCCAAGUGUCAAUGGUGUGCCAAUGGUGAUGCUGGCUGUAUUACAGCGUGCAGAGUCGCUGAAAGUGGGCGUCUCAGUUCUUACACACUUGUACACCAGGGGAAGGCUAAUACUAGCAUUUGCAAUGCAAGAACGAAUGCAGCAGCGUCCAUCUCUGGAUAAGGCCCUUUGGAUAUAUAUAUAUAUAUUUUUAGGUUUAUGCAACCUGUGGCAUCUUUUGUCAUUUGUGAGACUAAGACAGAAUAAAUUAGAAUCAGAACCAUAGGAGCUGACUUUUUAAAAUGAUAGAGCUGCUUACUCCACCCUCCACCACCCACCCAUAUGGCUGAAAAAAUGGCAUUAUAAAUAUAUUCAGUGGCUGUGGGAGCACAAGUAUUCGGGAAUUGCAAGCAGCUACAGAGCUGGCUGUUAUGUCCAGAGCCAUAUACCCAGCAUGCACUGCCAGUCAGACCUACAGACUCUGCUUCUUAGAUAUCUGCCUGAUAGUACCAUAUGCUCAAACACUACAUUUAAGCUUAAGCGAUAGCUAUUACAGUACAUUGCCCCUGUCAUCUUGCUGAACCAUUGGAAGGUGAUUUUGAAAUGAAAUGUUUGCACACAACCUGUGUUAUGACCAAAAAUUGUAUAUGAAUAUUGUUAUAUAGAUGAUCAAUCAUGUUCUUAAUUUAAAUGGCCACUUUCUUCUUCUAGCCAGGUGUAACUGUAUAAAAAAGUUUUGUCAUCAAAAGUACAAAAUCAUAUGAUCAAACAUCCCAAAGAAAUAAAGGCUAGGAUCCUAGUAUGUGCGGGUCCCAGCUAUAUACUUGUUGCAGUCAGGGUUAUUCUGAUUAGUCUGCCUAUAAUAGGAGAGGUGGGGCACACAGUCACAUGUAUCUUGUACACAGAGCCAAUUAUACAGUCAUGGCAGCCAAAGAAUGGUGGUACCUAAGCCAACUAUGCAUGCAAGUAGGCAUGGUAGGGGAAAUGUUGGUGAUACUAGUUCUUGUCUUUGUUCAAUUUACUGAAAGCAAUCACUUUUCUCCACCCACCUUGAUGUUUGCUCCCCUUUGGCUCAAUACAUACUGUGUAUGUUAGCAGCCUGUCAGGAUUGACUUGGGGGAUUGUUUUAUUUUUUUAACUUAAGUCAUAUAUAUAUAGAAGAUAGAGUAUUACAACAGUUGCUUAUACAUCUCGCCAGUGCCAGAAAAAACUAUAAUUCCAAAGUGAUUCUUCCCCUUCACCAGUGUAAGCCAUAGUCUAGAUAUUCUAUGAGCGCAAUAAUAUGAUGUCUAUCCAAUCUGAAGAUAUUAUCCUACAUGUAUGAGUUUAACAACUGUUUAAUUUAACCCCGUAAGCCAUAUUUCAUACAGUGUUUUACCAAAUAAUGGGAGAUAUGCAAUUUGCAUUACAGUGAGGCUAUAGUAUGUCAAAUGAUACUGAGAUCAGCAGCUGUUAAAAGAGGUGAUUUAAGCAUCUGGACAACUGUCCCUAUUGUAUAUUUAUUACAACAGAUUGGAAGUUCUUUCUUUUGGGAAUAAAACCUACAUUAUUACACAC